CCAUGUCUUAUCUGGCCCAAAACUUACAUCAUCCCUAUCUAGUCUCUGUACCAAGCAUGGAAGUUCCGCUAGCGAUUUAUGCAUUUCCUCCUUUGAAGAAGACUUUCAAAUGGAAGAAUUUCAGUUCAAUUUCCCACAAAAAUGGGUUCCGACGCUAUAUUUUGCCUCGCAAGAGGAAUUGUGGUGAUGCAGAGCUUUUUGCAUGGAAAAUAUAGAAGUUGUGUGGAUUGGGAUGAUGCGUAUGUGGAAGAUGCUUCAUUCGUGCACAAUUUCAAUCGAAAAUUUUUUCCUCAAAUUACUGAAAAUUUUAGUCUUGAGGUGAAACCAGGAGAUGUUCUGUCUUACAACUCUACCCUGUCCAGUUUGCUGCUACGCUAUGCCAGUAAUGGUUUUUACUCUAAAGCAAAGGCUGUUUGGGAUGAAAUAUUGAACAGCUCAUUUGUGCCAGAUGCUAGUGUAGUUUCUAAACUAAUAACUAUAUAUGGGAGUGUAGACAAUUUUGAUAUGGUUAGCCAAAUUAUGCGUCAAAUGCAAUUAAAAGAUCCAGAUAUUUUACCCAAUAUUUGUGCACUGUCUAUUUCUUCCUUUGGAAAGAGAGGACAACUAGAGUGUAUGGACAUUAUGGUCAAGGAGAUGGUGUCUAUGGGAUGUUCUGUAGAUUCGGCCUCUGGGAAUUCUUAUCUAUUGUACUAUAGUCUUUUUGGUUCAGUUGCUGAGAUGGAAGUUGCUUAUGGCCGUCUUAAGAGGUCGAGGAUUCUCAUAGAGGAAGAAGCAAUAAGGGCCAUGUCAUUUGCUUAUAUUAAGGGAAAAAAGUUUUAUGCUUUAGGUCAGUUCGUGCAGGAUAUAGGUCUUGGGAGGAGAAAUGUGGGUAAUCUUCUUUGGAACCUUCUCCUACUAUCUUAUGCUGCAAAUUUCAAAAUGAAAAGCUUGCAGAGGGAAUUUGUGAAGAUGGUGGAAGCAGGAUUCACUCCUGAUCUUACUACUUUUAACAUUAGAGCACUUGCUUUCUCAAGAAUGUCUUUAUUUUGGGAUCUGCAUGUAAGCCUCGAACAUAUGAAGCAUGAAUCAGUUGUCCCUGAUCUUGUUACUUAUGGUUGUGUUGUUGAUGCAUACCUCGACAAAAAAUUAGGAAGGAAUUUGGAGUUUGCCUUAAGCAAUUUGAGCAAGCACAAGUCUGUCUCAGUAUCGACGGAUCCACUUGUUUUUGAGGUUAUGGGAAAGGGAGAUUUUCAUUUGUUUUCAGAAAUGACAUUGGAGUACACGAGAAAAAAGAAAUGGACCUAUAACAUGCUAAUUACCACCUAUCUUAAGAAAAAGUUUCGGAGUAAUCAAAUAUUUUGGAAUUAUUGAUGAUGAUGAAUUAAUUGAUUGUGAAAUGGAUAUAUUGUGGUAGUUGUUUAACAGGUAAACUCACUGGUAAGAACUCAUGCUUCAGUUUUUGACCACUCGUUCUUU